UUUGGACCAUGUAGCUAAAAUCUUACAAACAGAUUUCCGGUUGAUCUUACGUAAGACUUUUGACGAUCUUUGCCAAAAUUGCUGUAAUAAGAGUUGCAAAGCGCACACAUUGGGAACCUCUGUCAAAUAUAUAUGAAGUGAUUUACGCAUUAGAAGUUCGUCAUACAGUGUCAUUGGUACAGCUGCUUUUAGAUUAUGGCUACAUAAGCAAAGAAUUUAUGUUAAAGAGUAUUGAAAACAAAGUUUAUUUCUAGAGAAAUUGGUUUAAAUUCCGUUGAAAAUAUGAUGCGAAAUUUUUCCAGAUCGUAUUUUGCUAUUUCAAAUUCAUUGGUCUUUCAAAGGCCUUUAGCAUCGGUAUUGUUUCGAAGCGUUGGUCUACAGAAAAAUGACGCCUCAUUUGGUGGUACUAUGGCGGAAGUAAAAGAAAAAAUUAUGACCAGUCUUGGUUUGGAGGAAGGUUAUGAACCCAUUCCUAAAACUAGAGAACAUUUAAUGAAAUAUCUUCCAAAAGCAGAGAAUUUGCCUCCUCGUUCUAUGCAGGACUCUUUCACAUCUGCAAUAAUUCCUUUAAGUACAGAUAAACAGCUACAGGAUAAAUAUGUUGCUUUUCUUGGCCAUGUUAGGCUAGGAAGGUUAAUGGAGGAUAUGGAUCUAUUUGCAGUAUGGGUAUGUCAUCAGCACUUAAAAAUUCCUGAUUUACCAAAAAGCGUACAUUUGCCCUAUACAUUUGUCACGGUUUUAGCUGACAAAAUAACUUUUUCUGAUAUACGAACUAACAUAACGGAAGAUAUUCGUCUCUCUGGGCAUAUAUCUUGGGUUGGACGUAGUUCAAUGGAAGUUGUUGUGUGGUUAGAGCAAAAGGAUCAUGGCAUCUAUAAGAAAAUCACACGCGCGUUAUUUCUCUUCGCUGCUCGAAACGCAACAAACACUAGUUCGGCACCCGUUAACGCUAUCUCACCUGCUUCUGAUGAAGAGCGAAACAUUCUUCUAGGGGGUGAGAAACGUAAACAAAAUCGUCAAAAGAUACAGGCAGAAUCGAUUUUCAAGGUUGAACCAAACGAUUUUGAACAAACUAUUAUGUACGAUUUAUAUAAACGUACCACCCCACUGAAUACAAUGGAACUUAAUGUGCGAGUGCUGCCGGGGAAUUGUCGUUGGAUGUCAAAAUCAUUCAUCGUAAGCACUAUUCCAUGUUUUCCUGAAAAUCGGAAUGCUCACUAUAAAGUAUUUGGUGGAUUUAUUAUGCGGAAUGCGCUGGAAAUAAGUUGGGCUGCUGCAAGGCUUUAUAACAAAAGUCCAGCUAAACUUAAACAUAUAUGUGACAUCAGUUUUGAAAAGCCUGUGAGUGUUUCAUCAUUUAUAAAAAUGUCUGCUUACGUAGUUUACACCCAAGCCAAUUACAUACAAGUAAUGACUGUUGCAGAUGUUUUGGAUGCUGCGUCUGGUGAACAAGUGACUUCAAAUGUAUUUUAUUACACUUUUACAACACCUUCUACAGUUCCUGAGGUAUUACCGCAAUCAUAUCAAGAAACGAUGUGGUACAUACAAGGACGUAGAAAAUUUAGAUACUCAUUGGGAUUGGACGCUCAAAAUAACUUAUAAUAAUGACUCGAAAAUCGAAGUACUUGAAAGUAAUUCAUUAAGCGAACGAUAUUAUUUGAAUCUGCAACUUAAAAAAUAUUUAAUGUAUCUUAAUGUUUUUUUAUUUAUCAGUGUAUUUUUAUUUAAGGUGUUUAAAUUGUAUCAUUUUGUUUAAUAAUGCUUCUUAUAUAUACAAGUUAUUAGGUAAAAUGUAUGUUAAUAAAACUAAUAAAAAUGUAAA